UCUUUUCGUUUUCGACGUCGGUGAUGAUGAGCAGGCUGUUCCUUAUUAACACUCCCAUCAUCGUCGUCGUCGUUAAUCUUAAUCUUCAUCUCGUAGUCUCUUCCGGUCAAUUAAUUCGUUUCUUAAUCCAAAAAAAAUCAGCAAAAAAAAGUCCAGAAAAAAAGAGGAUCGGAAAAUGUACGUAACGGCGGUGCGACCGACGGAUCUGAAUCGGAACACGGAGUGGUUCACGUACCCCGGAGUCUGGACGACCUACAUUCUGAUGGUGUUCUUCUCGUGGCUCACCGUCCUCUGCCUCUUCUCUUGCUCUCCCGGCAUGGCCUGGACCGUCGUCCACCUGUCCCACUUCCUCGUUACUUAUCACUUUUUUCACUGGAAGAAAGGAACACCAUUUGCAGAUGACCAGGGUAUCUACAACGCACUGACAUGGUGGGAGCAAAUAGACAAUGGCAACCAGCUCACUCGAAACAGAAAGUUUCUAACUGUCGUGCCUGUUGUGUUGUACUUAAUAGCCUCUCACACGACAGACUAUCAAAAUCCAAUGCUCAUCUUUAACACACUAGCAGUUUUUGUGUUGGUAGUUGCAAAGUUCCCAAACAUGCACAAGGUUCGUAUAUUCGGAAUCAAUGCUGAUCACUGAUAUCUCUAAAAGAUCAAGCAUGACUAUAGUUCUCUUGCUCUAAUCAUUUUGGCAUUCGGACAUAACGGUAAAGUCCCUGUUGAAAUAUUGAAACUGGAAACAGUGUAUUAUUUUUUUGAAUGAAGUGAAUUCUCUUACCCCUCCA